AUGAUUCGUUUUGGAAUUAAGACAAUCUCCCUGAGGUUUCGCUCCCAACAAGAAAGCAAAGUGGACCCUCCUAGCCCCCAGACAGGCCAGCCCCAUAUUAAAGCUGACACCCAUACAGCCUGCCGCCUCAUGGACUGGGGUCUGUGGAAGGGCCUGGGGGGGUCAGUGUGGCUCCUGUCUCUGGUCCUGGCACACGGCCCCUUGACCCUCCCGGGACACUCGGGGGCACCUGGGUGGUCAGUGCCACAUGGGGCCUGGGGAUUCAGGAGCCGGUGCAGUUCUAGCCCUGCCCAGCUGUGGGUGGAGAGCAGGCUGGGGCUCCGGGCUCUGGCUGUCACCUCCGGGCAGCUGCCUGCAGCGAGGUGCAGGGUGGUACUCUGGCUCUUCCUCCCUUAG